ACAGCCGACAACCUCGGAAUCGUUUUCGACUUCCUUUGUCUGCUUAAUGCUCGACUGCCGCAUCGAUUUUGCGACCAGAACAAGAAGUCUUUCUGGCAGUUCGACUUGCAGUAGCACCACCCAUUCCGCAAUCCUGCUUGGUUUUACGCCCCUGGUGCAAAACAUAGACAAUGGGUCGCCCUCCGGCUUAUAUCUUCGUCGUAAGGCACGGAAACCGCCUGGAUGCUGCCGACAAGCAGUGGCAUCUCACCUCGCCCGCGCCCUACGAUCCUCCGCUGACCUACGGAGGAUGGCAACAGUGCAAGACACUUGGUGCUCGAAUCGCCUCCAUCUUGCGGGACAGAGAAGCCGAAGAUGAAGCCGCACAAACAAGUACCAGUCACAGCUCAGGCAAAGCCACGGCCCAGUCGAGAAAGAAGAAGAAGAAGAGAUACAAGGUCAUACUUCACAGUUCACCCUUUCUGCGCUGCAUCCAGACAUCCAUCGCCAUCAGCGCCGGCAUGGCCUCCAAUACCUACUCUCGAACACAAUCAACCGAACAUGUACCAUUGCAAGCAAAACGCUCGCGAAUCAACCAAAUAUCAUCUUUUUCCAACCCAGCUCCGUCCCCAUCGCGACCUACCAUAUCCACCGACGUUCCUCCUACCCACCAGCCACAUAACCCGGCCCAUAUAGAUAAAACCAUAUUACGACUCGACCCCUUCCUUGGGGAAUGGGCAUCGCCUGACUAUUUUGAGCACAUAACCCCACCUCCAAAUUCAAACCUGAUGCUCAUGACGGCAAAAGCAGACCUGCUACGGAAGGAGAACUACGACACUUACCCCCAUUUCAACACCCGUCCGAGCAUCACGCCCACCACACCUAGUCAGCUUUGGAAUUCUCCCACUGCGACGCACAAUUCUGGGCUGGACAACCUCCCUAGAAUUGGUGAAGCUCUGCCUGGAAAUGGGCCGAAUGAGGCGUCGGAAUGGAAGGCAGGUCAUAAGGCCUCCCUCUCCGAAACGGCCAUCUCUGUGGGCUACGUUGCACCGGUGCCCUCGCACGCUGUCUCCUCCAUGGAGCCAAUCCCCCACGGUUAUGUUGCCCACGCAAGGGAUCAAUGUGUGGACUUUGAUUACCAGUGGGACUCGACGAGAGACCCAGUCACCUGGGGCGAAGGAGGCGUACUGCCGGAAGAAUGGGCAGCCAUGCAUGGACGGUUCAGAAAAGGUCUCAAGCGAUUGGUAGAUUGGUAUUCAACAGCAGAACACCCAGGUCAAAUGGUCACCAAGACCCCAACGACGCCUAAUUCUGUCAAGUUCGAUGGUAGCCCCACAGAGGAGUGUGCCGUUGAUGAAGACGAUGUCGAAAUCGAAAACGUGGUCAUUCUAGUGUCACAUGGCGCUGGCUGCAACGCCCUGGUCGGCGGUAUCACGAACCAGCCUGUUCUUGCCGAUGUUCCAAUGUCAUCAUUGAGCAUGGCAAGACGGCGGGCACAACUCAAUGGUCCACAGGCCCUUGUCGACGAGCGUGCUUCGGCAUCUCUCGAGCAUGCCCUGUUGCGAGACGAGAUCACAGUACCCGAGCUUUAUGAGUUGCCGAUGUUCGCAAACACGGCCCAUCUUACAGGUUCUGCAAAUGUGAGCCGGUCCUCUAGUGUUAAUGGUGGCUCGAGGGGACGCGACUUGAAAGGCUUUAGUUCAGCACUACGGGACAUCAAUUUCGGUGCUCGCUAUAAUCCACCCAGAGAUCAUCGCAGCAAUUCGCUCAGUGCUUCUUUGGAAAGUAUGAGAAGAACUCCUGGUGGGCCAAGCGCAGGCGCCAAAUCGCCAUCCAUCGUAUCCAGUGAUGGUACAAAGGGCGGCAUCACGGUCGGGAGCGGUGUGACCAGUUUCGGCACUGCUGGCCGUAAAAGCUCCUGGGGUUUGUGGACGCCCAAGCAGCAACCUCAGGACCCCGACGAUGACCCAGAUCUACCCAUGACUCUGGACUUCAGCUACGAAAAGGAGACCGUCAACAAAUCGCCACCACCGGAGCCCAUCGUCGAGGUGCCUGAGCAUGAGACCGAGCAUUUGCCAGUAUUAUUGGCACCAACAGUACAGGGCGAGGAUCACGACGCUUUUGACACAAAUGCAUUCCCGUCGUAUUCUUCGGCAUCCGGAUCUGGUCUCUGGGGAACGCCUCGACCACCUGACGAUGCCGAGAAGCUGAGAGAUUUUAGCUCCCAGAAGAGACGCUGGACCGUCACAGAACGACAGCCAGUAACUUAGCACACCGUGGUUGACCAUCGCCGCACAUGUGUGUAUCGUGCGAGCCACCUGCGAAUUAUGCUUUUU